UGUAACUUUUCUUACUGUUCAGAAUCGAUUGCCUCUCUCUGUGUUUGUUUGGUCUAACGUUAGAUUGGAUCUAUUUUUUUUCUUCAGUUAUCGAGUUUGGUGUUUGUAGGCAUUAAAUGAAGUGAAAAGUUACAGAAACAAACAACCUAAAAUUGUAUUCCACAGCAAGACUAGACAUGCUAGACUAGUAUGUGAAUGGGACACCCUAGUCAUGUAGAAGAACUGGGACCCAUAAACUUGUUAUACUUAUAAAUUAUUUUAAGUUAUUUACAAGCAUAAUGUUUCCACUUCUUUUUUAAAUAUUUGCAGCACAAUGACCCUGAUGCAGGAAUAUGGAUGCUGGCCUAUGGCAUUCCAGCAUUUCUCUGUGUAGCACAGUGUGUGAAGCCAAGUAUAUCAGAAAAUGUAGUAUGGCGUUACAUGACGGUGUUUCAUCUGGUGCUAUGUGCCUGUGGUGAGGGGUAUAUUCUAUCUCACAGCUACCUGUCCAGUGGGGCCGCUGGUAAACAUGCCCAGCAGUGGUUCGAAAGAGAAGAAGCCAGGGAAUUUGCAGGGCUUCUAUUGGUCUGUAUAUGGCUAACCUUAUGUAUUCUACAAACAAAGACAAAUAGAAUGACAAGCCCUCCUCGGUUGGUGGUUUGGCUGGCUCUCCUCCUGAUUAUAACACCAUUCAUCCUAUGGGCUUCUAUCAACUUCAACAGACAUUAUGAUGAGAUUCAACCAGACCAUUGCAAAGGAUCACUGAAGAUGCCCAGCUUUCAAAUGUGACACGAGUUCUUGUGAAGAAUAAGGAAGGCUUAUCUGGUGGAAGCUCUCACAGUUAAUUAUUAAACCAUUCUAUUGUUGUUUUUAUGGUUCCAUGUCAUUUGCUCCAGCGACAAUUGCUCCGCUGUAAAUUCCACUCACCAACAGAAUUACCAACUUCAACCCUCUAUUUGACAUUAUAUCCUAUUCUAAAUCUAACACAGGGUGCUACAUAAGCACUCGCCCGAUUGCCCAGGGCAAGUAACAGUUAGAGUCGGGCAAGUGUUUUGAAGUAAAGACCAAAACUACUUGCCCGAAUCGGGCAAGCAAAAUUCUCACAGUAGAAUGACCAAAAUUAUGGUCGAUAUGAUACAUUGACCCUAAUUUUGGUCAUGGCAGGCAAGAUAAAAACACUUUGAAAAAAGAAAAGCAAGAACAAGUUAGAUCAGUUCAUGUCAAAAGAGAGAAAAAGGUCAAUGGUUUAUAAAACCGCAAAACUUUCUUUUGAAGAGGUAAAUCUUUUUUUUCAAGGAUUUUUUCGGGCAAGUGAAAUAGAUUUUGGGCAAGUACAUGUAUAUUCCAACUAUUUAAAAAUUAACUUGCCCAACUGGGCAAGUGCUUCUAAAAAGUUAUGUAGCACCCUGCCUAACAUAAAACCCUAUUGCAGCCUCAGCCCUAUAUCUUAGAUGAAAUAAAGCCCGAAGCAAUUGUCGCAGCAGCAAAUUUUGUGUCACCAUUUUUUAUAUAACACCACUUGUAACAGUGGAAUAGUGAAAUAUACAGCAGGUCUGCAGAUAUAAUAACAUAUCAAUCAAGGUUCACAUGGCAUUACAAAUGAGUGGAAUAUGAAGUGCUAAAAUAUGAGCCCACAAAUAUUGACUUUUCUUGAAGUUUCACGAAGUGUGACAGUUUUUUUUAUCCAAUAUAAUUGUAUAUGUGGCAAAUGAUAUUCAUGGAAAUAUGCUGAUGCAUAUAUGAUUAGAGCACAUUGCUCUCAGAAUGUGCGUUAAUGUCAAAUAUGGCAGUAUAUUACAACGUUGGCUAAUAUGAUAAACAAUGACUGAAAGAUGGAAGAUGGCUUGCCAUACUUCAAUCUGUUUUAAAAUUAUGUGUAACUUUACUAGUUGCUAUUAAAUGAAAGAGCCCUGAAGAUCAAGUCUAACUCGGCAUGAGGGACUCGGACAGGGAAAUAUAGGUAAAAUGUGAGAGUGGUAAAUACUAUGACCAAGAAAAUAUAUAGAUUUGUUUGAAGAAUGGGGAAUAUCAGAAAUCUAAUAGAGCUGAUAAGAUGAAUGUGAGAUUUCAAAGGAAAAAAAAAAGAAAUAUGUGUUAGGUAGUUUCAAAUAAAUGCAAGUAGAGGUGAUUUUUUGCAAAACAAUGUGGCAAUUAUUUUUAUGGUUUGUAUUAAAUCUAUCUUACAUCAUCUCUUGGAAGUCUUUUUUUUUUCUACAUGAAAAAAUGCUGGGUCUGCUCAAGUGCCAAGUUAGUCAGAUCCAUUUCUUAAUAAUAUUUCAUCUCUUAAAACCCACCCAAAUACCAAACGGAGAAGUCUACCAUGCAGCUGGUCUGUAUGAAAAGUAAAUGGUGCUAUGAAAGUGUGACAAUUAUUUGUAUUCUAUUGAUGAUAUAUGAUCGAUGCAUUUUUCUUAUGUUAAAUUAUGAGUACUUAUUAACAUAAAAAGCGGCUAAUUGAGAAAUUGACUUUACCCAUUUCAGGGCGCUGGGAGCAAUUUAUAGAAGGGGGUGCUGGGGUCUUUGUUCAGAAAAAAGACAAGCAAAAAAAAACCCCAAAAACCCAAAUAUUUCACUCGCAAGAUGGGGAUUUUGAAAGGGGAAAAUUUUGCAAGCAAAAAAAAAGAUUAUUGCAAAUCUCUGUCAUGUAGGAGCAAUAAUCCCAUUAUAAUUUUUUUUCUGCUUGUAAACCUGAUUUUCAGGGGGUGAUGCCUAUGGUAUUACAAUAAACAAAUAUAUCAGGCUUUGAGAAAGUAUAGUGGAAUUAUUUAUCCGAGGUUGAUCUGGCAAUUACUAUUUUUCCCGAGGGGCGAAGCCCCGAGGGAAAUAUAGUAGUUUUGCCAGUCCAACCGAGGAUUAAUAAUUCCCACUAUGCUUUCGAAUGAAACGCCUGGUAUAUUUGUUUUAUAUCCUACUUUUAAUAAUUUACAACCAAAAUCUAUGCGUUGAGCUUGCUAAGUCCGGUUACUUGCGUUGAAUUACCUUCUUUUCUCUGAGCCACCGCGCUCAGCAGAACGCAGAUUAGUGCCUGCGCCGACGCAUCACGGGACUUGCCCGGGAGAGAGAGCUCGCUGGCCGGUGCGCCCGAGAGUUUAGCUAAAUAUCCAGAUUUCUGAAAUAAUGACGUCAGAAUAUUGGUAUAGCGAAAAAUAUAUCGAGGUCUGACGUCACGCAACAUCAUAGUUGAAAUAUAGAUGGUCACGUGAUGCUAUUUGAACCAAUCACUAUACAGGAUUCAAUCUAUGUAGGAUAUAAUUAAUAACAUAUGCAGCACCUCCUUGAAAAAAAAUCUUCCUAGGGCCAUGACCCAUCUGCAAACCUGUGAUGUAAUAAACAGUGAAAAUCAGCUGUCUUUUGUACAUUUACCAUGAUGAUGAUUCUCACUUUCUAAUGCUACAGUCACACCAUCAAAAUUAAUCCAAACCAACCAAUGGUAUGUCAUUCAAAAUAAUGUUACAGCUUGAAUCGGUCCGGAGACUGUUUCGUUGGUGUGACUAUGCACUAUUAAAGGAAUGCACAAAGCACAGUGGAUCAACAGGUGUCUGAAGUGUCAUAAAUCUAGCUAUCAACAAUAACUGAGAGUUCUCAGAUGUAGCGCAAGGCGUGAAUUCACCAUUCAUUUUGAGCACUGAACUAGAAAUUCUACUUCUUGUUCAGUGAUGCGUGACGCAACAACUUCCGGUCUACUCGUCCCAUAGCUGGUGCUAAUCUAGUCGCAUCCACUUUUGCACCUGCUUUAUGCAAUGCGUUCUCAAUCUUGUCUUACAUUUGGAGGAGAAAUCAUUGUAAGACUUGCUACUUUUGUUAUCCUUGCUGUAUACUAUUCUUAUCUUCAAGCUACCAGAAGUUACUGGGUCAAGAAGUAUACGUCAUGAGCUGCAUCCGGGGACUUAUUAUGAUAGAUGGCUAUUCUAAUUUCUAAGUUAUACCUAGAAAUAACAUGUUAUUGUCAAUAGCAAGAAUUUAAUUGAAAAUGCGCCAUGAAUGUACACUUUAAAAUUUAAAUAUAAUAUUUAAAAUAAAUUUGUCAUCAGUUAUCUGUAUGCAAUGAACAGGGAUCACCUGGGCCACCCAGUACUUGGACCAGCUUUGUGCAUACAUGUUCCAAUGGGAUCGUCUAAGAAAUGUUUCAAGAGGGGGGGGGGGGGGCAUUGUGGUCUAGUGGUUAUGGCUCUUGUCUUUCAAUCUGAAGGACAUGGGUUUGAUUCCCAACAAGAAAUUUAGCUAUAUUUUUAUGCACUCAACCCAGGUGAGGUGAAAGGGUACCCGGUAGGAAGAUAUUCCUUGAAUGCCUGAGCGCCUGUAGGCAGCACGGCUAAAGCCGGGGUGGUAAUAACAACAUUAUUGUAAUGUGCAAUUGAGUAUAUACAUUGUACAUAUAGAAAUUACGCAACAUUAAUGUACAAUUAUUAUUAUUAUAAUGUAUUAUAUUUUGAAGGACCAAACGUGAAUGCAUCAAUGACCAAGCACUGCCUAAUAUCAUGUAAGUCUAGAGAAAGAUAUUGAGAUCAGAAAUAUAUGACCAAUUGUCCUUUUUUUAUGCAAAAUGAAAAUAGCUUUCUUGCCAUUCAUUCCAAACAUCUCUAAAAUGUUUUUGAUAUUGUCCAAUAAAAAUGUUGAAACCAAAGUUUUCUCAACAGUAUUUGGAAGUGGUCUAAUUUUGCUGCUUACAAGAAACUGUACAAAUAGAGAUAAUGUUUGUUAUAUAUUUAAUUAAUAUGAUUCUCAAUAUUUAACCACAGGGAUACCAAUUCUCAGUACAUGUAUAUGGAAACAAGUAUAUAUACAUUGUUUAUUAUAUCAUGACUUGAAAAUUUGAUGUGAUAUCAACAAAAAUGCAUGGAUGUCUAAAUAUAUAAAUUCCUUUUUUUUCUAUAUUAUUUUCUUGACUAGUGAAAAUUGUGCAAAAAACAAUUUACCUGGUUAUGAAAAAUGUAAAGCAUGUAUCUUAAUAUGUUUUGCAGUGUAUUCCAAGAGUCACAACUUUGGCAGCACUUGCUACCAGGAUUAUACAGUAUAUAUGCCCUAUGAAAAUUUGAUGUCACUUAUAAAUGGCAAAAAUAGAACACCAUUUACUUAGUAAAGACAAGUUUCACACAUUUUUUUUUAAAUUCAGUUGCCCUCUUUGUUCAUGAAUUGAGAUGAGCAUGUGAUUAAAUUUCCAAGUAUUUUUAAUUA